CGAUAUCAGAAACCACCCCGGGAGGACAAUCCUACUCUGUACCGCCCAUAUUCAAUUUCGUUAACUUCCGUGGACGAUGCCAACGCUUCUGCUCUAUACUCUGACUCUGCCGUAUUUCCCAUGGGACGUGCUGGUCAAGCAUGUCCUGGGAAUUGAAGAAGAGGAAGCUGCAAGCGCUGUGGUCGCACAUUAACAUAAGGAGAUCUCAAUUCUUCACUGCUCGUCAUGAAUCGCAUCCGCAACCGAAAGGGUGGCGGCCCUUCACGCUGCGCCCAAUCUACCUGACCUUCCUCGCCUCUUUGAUGUUUUUGAUGUUGCUGAUAUUGGAGGGUUUGCGACGCUAUACGACGUGGUACGGAGGACUGGUCUUUUUGGAAGCGACCGAUGAAGUCUCCAGUCUCCAGUCUUUUGCCUACAACUAUAUCCCCAUUAUCGUCGCCCUCAUCCUUGUUACCCUAUGGUCUCUCGUCGACUUCGAUGUUUUGCGUCUUGAGCCGUAUUUCCAGCUGGCCCGACCGGAAGGCGUUCCGGCCUCCGUGCUCUUUAUCAACUACAACUUCGGUCAAACCUUCGUAACCCCGUUUCUUUCAGCCAAACGGGGUCACUGGGUGGCCCUAUUGGUGUCGAUUGUAACCGUCCUCAUUCGUAUGUUUCUCCCUGCCCUGCAGAGUACACUCCUGGAACUGCGCGAGGUCACCGUGAUCUCCAAUGAGCAGAUGAAGACCUGGCCGGAUCUGGUGGACUUGGGCACUCAGGCCAAUUGGAUCGCCGCUCAGGCACGGAGCAGUUUUGAUUCUGUGAAUUCGGCCGUUGCGUCGACUGCCGCCAAUAGUCCGCAGAAGUCACGGUCCCCCGACUUUGCCGUACCGCCCGUGCAGAUUCCUACAAAUGACCGACGGGAAAGCACCGUGUGGAAAAUCAACCAAACCAUCUAUUGGUCGCAAUUAUCCUGUCACGACUUGGCGACAAAUAAUGCGUUACCGGUGACGAUCAAUCAAACCGAUGUGGAACACCCGAUACUGUCGUGGAACGUGACUGGGUUGUCCCUGGUCAACGGGACGGACCAGGAUUGCUCCUUGGACUUUCAAUACGAUAGUAUUUUCUACCCGGACACUGACUUUCUGCAAGUGCGAUACUGGGAGCCCGUGUGGACGACAGAUACCUUUGACUCGGGCGAGAUGCGAAAAGCAUUCCGUCCCCGUGGUUGCGACCCUUUUGAUCUAUACGGCGUUCUGUUAUCCGUCAACGCAACGACAGCUCCUGCCGACGCGAUCAGCUCCCUGGGUUCCCAAUAUACUUCGUCGGCAACCAUGUUUGCUUGCGAUAUCGAGUAUCACAAAGCCAUGGCGGAGAUCCAUAUGCAUGCGAACAGCUCCAUCACGUCGGUGCGUGUGAUUGCUAACACCACCGCCAAUCUGACCAGCCAGGAAUUCAAUAUCGACGAGUUUCAGGGCCUCCUCUCUCAUCGCGCACCUUACACUAGUGACAUACUCUUCAUGCAGUAUAACGACACGAUGGGCGACCUCACCGUGACCGAGCUUCCCGUCGUCAGUCAGGACAUGGAUGACUUGGAGCCUAUGCCCGUUCUGGAUACCACGACCGUCAUGCAGCAGGGGGAAUUCGAAGAGAAAACCAAACGAGUUGUCAUUCAAGCCUUUGUGUUGACCAUGGGGCGUUUGUUCAAUCCGGAUAUACCUCCAACGACCGUCUCCGCUGUUCGCUUCGCACACCGAGUCACCAUUGCCGUCGUUUCGUUCGCAGCAACCUUGUCGGAGGCCAUUCUCUUCUUGAGCACCGUCGUGGCCCUUGCUCUAUUGUAUUUCUACCAGCGUCGCCCAAAUAUCCUUCAAAGCGAUCCAGGCUCCAUUGGGGCGAUGUGUAGCAUGGUUACAGACUUGUUCUCCCCGUCGAAUAUUCUCGGUAAUGCCCAGUCCGAUUUCCAUCAGCUUUCGACUCGACAACUGCGGAUGGUUCUUCGAAAUGUCCGACUUUACUGGCGGGAAGGACCGAUGGGAAGACGCGUGGAACUAGUCUCGGUGGACGGCGAGAGCCACGACUCCUCAUCCCGCCUGAGGGACCGGAUUCGCACGCGCGUUGAUCCGAGGCCGCACUUUCUGGUGAUUCCGAUCUUUAUUCUUGAGUUCCUCCUUCUUGUCGCGGUCAUUGCUAUCAUGGCAUUGGUCAUCGCUUCGCUCGCCCAUGAGGGUAGUUUCCAGCAUCUUACCCAGUCGGAUUCUAGUUUCUUCCAGGUCGUGUUAUCCUUCCUUCCUUCCGUAGUUGCCUCUGCUGUCGGAGCGCUCUGCAACUCCAUCCAGCGGAAUAUCAGUAUCCUGGAGCCGUGGGUCCAUCUGCAACGCGGACAGGCGAAGGCGAGGGCCUCCUUGUCAAUGAACUACGCCUCCCAGACCCCGUGGCUAGUUCUUUUGAAAACCAUCCGGGACCGUCAUCUCUUGUUGGGCCUGGUAUCCUUGGCCUGCGUGGUCAACACGGUCCUCACGGUGGUUUCCGGCGGACUUUUCACGCAAAAGCUCACCACGUCCGGGUUCUCCACCGAAGCCAUCCAGGCGAACUACAGCAACUCCAUAUUCAAGCAAACUGACUUUGCCGCGGAUUUCACCGAGUACGAUCUGAUUCAGACCAGUAUCACCAGCGGGGUGCCUAUGAUCCCGUGGACCAGUCCAGAUUAUUCAUUCGUGCCCCUGAAAAACACUCAGCCGAACGUGACUGCCUCAUAUGAGGCUACGACCCUCGGCAUUGGCGCUGACUUCGAAUGCCAGGAAUUAUCGAUUUCUGAGCACCUGAAGAGGAACGACACGACGGGGCAAUUCUAUUGGCAGUACCAACCGUUUCACAAUGAGAGCCGACAGUGCACGGUGGACAUGUUCCAGCAAAGGAGCGACAAGAUCCCCCUCUCUAUUCACUUCCUUUCUCCUGCGGCCCUCGAGGACAUGGACCAAUGUCAAACAUUCACGGUUCUGGUGCUUGGACGAUGGAAUUACACAGGAGACUCGGCCAUGACCAAGAAAAACACGAUCGCUUUGCACUGUGAACCGCACGUCCAGAUGCAGAACUUUUCCAUUGUCUUCGACCAAAAGGGUCAGAUCCAGGAUUAUGACCCUGUACCAAACACUGCGAUUACCUCCGGCCCCAUGUAUGAGAAUGCCACGGUUAGUCUGGGCCAAUUUAACAAAGUCUUCGCCUCCAUUCCCCAAAGCUUUGUCGACGAGGAGCAAAAAGGGCCCACCGUGUCUUCAUAUGAUUGGGCGGGCUUCCUGGUUGCUCGCUUGUAUAAGCAAAGAGAGAAUAGGGUGUCCGCGCUGGAUUCCGCAGACCUGAUUACUAUGUCGGAGACCGUCUACCAGUGGGUGUACAGCACCUACUUUUCUCUGUGGGGACCGACCUACCUAGAGCCACUGGAGCAGCCAUACACUGCCACCAAUGCUACCGUCUACUACAGCACCUGGGCUAUGGUCCCGUCGGUCCCAUCAUUGACCAUCGCGCUGUCUAUCAUUGCGCUGGACACGCUGGUUGUGCUGGUCGUGUUUGGGACGCGACGGGGUCGGUUCAAAGGGCCACGGAUUCCACGAUCCAUUGGAUCCGUCAUUCCUUGGAUUGCAAACAGUCGGAUGCUGAGCGACUUCCGAGGGACUUAUUCGUGGACCAGCCUCCAGCGCCGGGAUUACUUGGAUCGAUUAAACAAACGCUAUGCAUUCCGGAUGUUUCCAGGGUCGGACGCCCAGUGGCGGUUUGCUGUGGACGAAGAGCCGCUGGUGCAGGAGGACAAACCAACUGUCGUUACUGAUUCAGGCACUGUGGAUCCCGCUAAACAACCUGGUGCGAUUGAGCUCCGGCCUAUUGGUAAUGAUGAUUCUGGGGCACAACGAAAUCAUGAGUAA